AUGACGGAACUACAGAACUCAAUCAUUCAACUUCGCCCGAAGGGGUGGGAAGCAGAUCCAGAGCACGAAUAUUUCAAUCUGUCCACACUAGACUACUGUGUUGGACAGGUGUAUACCAACUACGCCUUGUUCUUCAAGCUUUCUCCCAACGCGGACAAGUCGAGGAUCAUAUCUACGAUCAAAGAUGGAUUGGAAGUCACCCUGUCCCAGUGCCGUCAGCUGUGCGGCACUCUGCAGGAGCAACCCUCUGGAGGUGGCGACCUUUGUUUUCACAAGACCAGAGACAGCACGGUCGAACUUCACGUUCAGUUUCUCGACACCGCCGAAUGGAAGCCCGAAGGAGAGUAUCAGACGUUCGGAUCACUGGAAGCACAGCAUUUCGCCUCAAGAGCGCUGGGAAACAUGAAAACCUGGUGUGUUUCGCCUAUGACAUAUGGCGAGAAGCCCGAAGCACAGCCAUCCAGCCAUCCCAAAUGUGCCGCCUUCAAAAUCACUUUCAUCCCAGGGGGCUUCGUGCUCAUGAUGCACCAUCAUCACUACGCCAACGACAUCAUGGGUUGGGCGGGAGAGUUGCACCAACUGGCCGAGAACUGUGCCACCAUUUGGGCCAACCCUAGCGCCCCGGCCUUGCCUCCUUGGGAUCCAUCCUGCCUCGACCUGUCCAGAAUUACUGCGCCGAACGUACCCGAAGACAAGAAGAUUGAUGGCCCAGCCUCACCCCUCCGCCAUCCUGAUCACAAAAAGGCUCAAUGGCUGCUGUUCCAUCUGUCCAAGACCAAAACUGCCGCUUUGAAGCAACUCGCCAGUCCGAAAGAUGGCAGCUAUUACGUGUCCAGCUAUGAUGCCUACAAUGCUCUCAUAUGGAGACUCCUAACUAAACACCGCCUCGCAUUCUUCGCCGAUGAUGUUCCUUCUAAUACCCCCAUGGUAUGGGGAGAAGCAGUUGACAUGCGUCGCCGCUUCACCAACCCACCUAUCGCGCCCCGCACUCAGGGCAACGUUGUCUACGUGGCUCUUAGCAGCCAGUCACCACCCGAGCUCAAGCCUUUGGCUGCUUCUGAGGUCGCCUCAGACGCAUCAUUGGAGAAGCUGGCGUGGUACAUCCGUCAGUUGACAAACUCUGUCACCCAAGAGUCUCUUGCUGCUGCAUUGAAUGGCAUCGCGCCCAUCCGGGACAAGACGGCCCUGUUUCUGCGCGUGGACUCACUCCCACCGCUGAGUAUCUUCGUCACAGAAUGGCGAGACACUCGUCCUUGUGAUGCAGACUUUGGUUUCGGCAAGCCGCAUGCAUUCAGGUUCCCGUUUGACACAGUCACCAAUGGCCUGGUUGUGGUUUACCCGGUCCGAGGGAAUGGGCCUUGCGGGGAUGAUGAAGGGAAUGAGUUCAGCAUUGCGGUCGAGAUGGGAAUAAAAGACAGCCUACUGGCAGAUGAGGAGUGGAACAGCUGGUUUGACUUUAGAGGAGUAGAUGCUGAUGAUAUGCAGAGGGACUGA